AUGUUUGUAAAAGGAUUCGCUGGCUAUCCAGGAGAAGCAAGCUCUUCGAAAACUUUUGGAACAGAGCCCUACACAGGAACUCUGAUCCAACACGCGUUGGAGACCGGCAAGGUGGUCGUGGUACCACAGAUCCUCGACCAAGCUGCCACCGAAACCAACUUUGAAAUGAAAUCCCUUCUUGGUCUAAUGAGGAUGCGUCAAAUUCAAGAUAUAAUGGAGAUCAACACGUGGCCUUUGAAUAAAUUUGGGAUUCGAGAGAUGCCACAGCCACCUCUUGGUAGUGUGGAUCAAGACGAUGCUCUAGAAAAUUAGCUGGGCACCGAAUCAGAUGGGUCUUCUCCAUUUCCUCCUGUGAUGAACACCGAAUCAGGUGGGUCUUCUCCAUUUUCUCCUGUAGAGAAUCAGAUGGGUCUUCUCCAUUUCCUCCUCAUUGACUUCGAUUCUUGGCCAAUCGGCUAUGUCGGAGAGUGUUCGAUUCUUAGCCAGUCGGCUAUUUCGGAGAGUGCCACUGUCCACUAUUUCUCCCUUGUUCGAGCUUUAAGUUCGUUGCACCUUGAGGUGUUGAAUUCUCCUCUGAUUAAGCCCUUCAUUGUGUGGCAAGACAUCGGGCGGUCCAUGCAUUGC